CGGAAAAUGGUUGCUGUAGCGACGCGGUAAUACGUUAAAAAAAAAAAAAACAGCCGUGACACGACGUCUGUAUCCUUGAGUGAUGUUCAGCGUCCCUUCGUCGCUCGGCAUGCUUCACUCCCAGAGCGUCCAGCUCCUGUGUCUCACGGCGUCCAGCGGCGUUCCGCUCUUCUGCCGUGGCUCCACCAAGCAGCUGCCCUUCUCCAUCAUCGGUUCCCUGAACGGCGUGCACAUGUUCGGGACAGGCCACGAUGCUGCGCUGUCCUGCUGCGAGACCGAACGAGGUGGACGUGUGCUGUGGAGAGUCUUCCACGACAGCCUGAUGCUCAUCGGCAUCAGCAGCAACGCUGACGUUAGCGAGCUGCACUUGCGGCGUUUGCUGGAGAACGCCUGGAACUGCAUGGUGCUCGUGCUGGGCCUGGACGAGCUGGCUAACACGCGGAACGUAGAGCGGCUCAAGAGAGAGCUGCGCUCUUGCUACCGGUUAAUCGACAUGCUGCUCGAACGCGGCGUGGACGAUCGCGAUGGCGAUCGGGGCCUGAUGGGAGAUCUGACGCACUGCGUUGACUGUAUACUGCUCCCUCAAGCCGACCUCCUCCAGGAGACGCUGGACGCCUUCACCAGGGCUGCCGAGAGCGAGUUUGGCUGUUUGCUCGUCCGCGGUCGACUCGCAGUAGCUACCGAGAAAUGGUGGCGUCUCGCUCCUCAAGAGCUCGUCCUUCUUUCUGCCCUUGCAAAUCUGCCCCCUGGGAAGACAUCAUGUGACUGUCCAGUCUUUUUACCCCAAGGUAGCCCUAAUGUCGCGCUCAGGCUGCUGUGCUUCCAGCUGCUCCCUGGCGCCAUAGCUUGUGUCCUGUGUGGUCCCAGACCGUCUCUGUACCACGUCGAGAACGAGCAGGUUUGUCGUUUUUGGUCUCCCGUAGUGGAGAACCUGCGAUCCUGUUUGGACCAAGCCAAACGCUCGGCUCUGUCUCCUUCCGUCGGCCUCCGCCGGGACGUCCUAGCUCUCCUCCUAAUAAACCGUGAAUCGCGCAGAUCGGUGGAGUCUCUCGGCCACGCCUGCUCGAAAGCCACGCCUCCCCUUUCGCCGGCUCGUCGCUGGGAGCUUCUGCGCCUCUUUUACACGUUUGCGGCGACGCGCUAUUUCAGCUCGGAGGAGUCUCCGAGCUCAGAGCGUCCAACUGCCGAGCUGCUCCACGAGGAGUUUUCCGCAGGGUUCACACACCUGCCCGUGCACUGCUACCUCGUGACCGAUGAAUGUAAAUGCUACGCCGUGCAGACGCCUCAGCACCAGCUCUUCCUCCUCACCGACCUCUCCGUGCCCACGUUCGCUUUGCGCUCCGUCGCCACACACACUCUGGAUGCCGUCACCACGGCGACCGGCUUUUAGUGCGCCAGACAGCGUAGGUGUAAUUACUGGGAUUAUAUAGUACCAUGUUGGAGGUUCUGCCAAGCACGGUGGCGUCCCAUCCAGUGUGUUUCUCCCAGCGUGCCCAGUACAGACUCUGGAUCCACCGCAACCCUGACCAGGAUAAAGAACUUACUUACGUGCCGAAGAUAAACAAACGGAUAUCCACACCGAUACACAGCUACGGACUGGGGGAGGAAACCGGAGUACCCGGAGGAAACCCCAGCAGCACAGAGAGAACAUGCAAACUCCGCGCACACACACAGGGCCACGGUGGGACUCGAACCCCGGAGGUGUGAGGUGAACGUGCUAACCACUAUGCGCCCCUGUUUUCCGCACCAUUCUGUGUAAACGCUAGAGUGAAAAUCAGUGUGAAAAAUCCCACUGAAAUAUUUCUGAAAUACUCAACCCAGUACUAAGUCCGGCACCAGCGACCAUAUCAGGGUCAAAGUCGCUGAAAUCACUUUUUUUUUCCCCUCUCCCUUCUGAUGUUUGAUGUGAACUUUAACUGAAACUCUUUGCCUGUAUCCAUCUGCUGUAUUUUAGCUGACAUCGGACUAACACCGAAAAUUCACCAUGUCAGCGAUUACACAGUUUGAAAAAUGUUUUUCCAUGGACCGUCUGCCAGAUUGUCCGUAGAAAAAUAAUCAACACGUUCUGACCAAUCAGUAUCACGAAUUCAACAGAGUUAUGGUAUAAAAAUAUUUUUAAAAACAUGAUGCUUUUUGAAGAAGGACAGUUUCUUCUGUGCCUGAGUUUGAUACUGUUCUUAAAGAAAGUGUGACUGUGAAUCAGUACCCAUUUUGCUGACCUAAUCACUCUACCCAUUACAUUGAUUUUUUUUUACCCAUUAGCAAAAUUGGGUUCAUUUUGAAGCCAGGAUUCUACUGCACUUUUGCCUGUAGUGGCCAGAAACGAUAAAGUAUAAGCGUUUCUUAUUAUACAUUCAGUACAGGGAGCCUUUUAAUCAGCUACUAGCUAGUCCUUUUGUCUGAUGUGAAACUGAAAUCCCAUAAGAGAAACAUACUGGGUGAUGGAUUUUGUUCUUUACUGGUGAUAUAUAAGUACGUUUUGCAGUCCUGCACGUUGAUGUAUUAGUGUUCUUUUCUUCUGUUAGAUGGGUCAGGAAUUUUUCCUCCACUUAAGCUGUUCUCUUUUUCUUCUUCUUCUUUUUGUUUUUUUCUUUUAAAUUUAUUACCAAGUUGUAUCUUGGACCGAAAUUCGUAUCCAGAUUUCACCGACAUCCCUAUGUUACUUUGCUUUCUAUUAAAUGUUAUUCUCAGUUGUGAGAGAAUACUGAGGGUCUGUAUUGUGAAAUAUCAUGUGUGUACGAUGUAUCAUGUAUAUGGACAGCGUGAGAUAAUGUCUGUGCAGCAGUUUGGAGAAUGUAGGGUGUGUCACAGACAAAGAGUUGAGAUAUCUUCUACACUGCCGGUUUGAACGGCACUUAAAAACCGGGUUUAUUUGUACACUUUAAUAGGCACAGUUAAUCUGCACAAAGCGAGCUCCAUGAAGACAGGGUUUGCCACAAUUGGACUGGAAGAACUUGAGUGUCCUGCACAGAACCCUGACCUCAACCCCACUGAUCACAUUUGGGAUGAACUGGAACGCCGACUGCACCCCAGGCCUCCUCAUUUAACAUCAGUGCCUGAUCUCACUAAUGCUCUUGCAGCUGAUCACAAAUCCCCACAGCUACGCUCCAAAAUCCAGUGGAAAGCCUUCCCAGAAGACUGGAGGUUUUUAUAAGAGCAAUAGGGAACUAAACCUGGAAUGGGAUGAGUGUUAUGGUGAGGUGUCCACAAACUUUUUGGCCGUAUAGUGUAUUUUAAAUCCUAAAUGGCUGUGUAUUGUACAUGUAAAGCACUAUAGGCUGCAGAAGUCAUUAUCUAAUGUCUAGUGCAUUUAGGAGUAAGGAGCUAUUAGGGAUUAUCUUAAUAUGUAUCCGUUUGAAUAAUCAUUGAACAGUUAAUAAGUAAAGACCGACAACUUUGGCAGAAGAAGACGUAAUGUGUAAUGUAAUAUGUACAGUGAGUAAAUUAAAUUAACAAUGCCGAAAGUAGAAUGAAUGUAUCAGUGUAAAUUAUUGAAAAGAUCUAUAUAGAAUAAUAAAUUAAUGUUGUUGUGUUUUUUUUUUUUUUAAAUAUUCAAGAACUUACUAAAGAAUCCAGGAACAUCUCUAGAAGCUUUUAACGAUAAGAGCUGAAAGAAUCGACUCUUACUAGUGAGCUUGAGCCGAGUGCCUUUUCAGUGAACCGUUAAGGAGCCAAAAGAAUCGAUUCUUCCCGGUGAGCUUGAGUGCCCUGGCUAUGAACCGUUAAGGAGCCAAAAGAAUCGACUCUUACUGGUGAGCUUGAUCCGAGUACCCUGACAAUGAACCGUUAAGGAGCGAAAAGAAUCAGCUCUUACUGCUGAGCUAAGCAACCAAGUGUCCUGUUAAUGAACCCUUAAUGAGCCAAAAGAAUCGACUCUUGGGAGCCAAAAGAAUCGACUCUUACUGCUGAGCUUGAACCAAGUGCCCUGUUAAAGAACCCUUAAUGACCCAAAAGAAUUGACUCUUGUGAUCCGAAAGAAUCGAUUCUUAUUGCUCACAAUAAUAAUCAAUUCUUUCUGCUCCCAAAUGGAAAAUUGGCAGGCUUCUUCUUCUUGACUCCCCGAAAAGAGCUGAAAUUCCUAUUAUUAAAAAAAAAAAACCCUCGUAUAUAUGUUCCUCGAUUUUGUUUAGCAGUUUCUUGAAUAUUUAAAAAAAAAAAAAAAAAACAUUUAUUUAUUAUUCUAGAUAGACCAUUUUAAUGGCUUACACAGACAUAUUUAUUCUACUUUACUAUUCAGUCUUGCGUUUAAAAAAAAAAAAAUUGACUCAUUUACACAAUGUACAUAUUACCAAAAAAAUAUUUAGGGCUGUAAUUGGUGCAUUUUGCAGUUUGAAGCAUACUUAGUGUUGUUGUAAGAAAUGGUACAUUAAAAAAAGGCAAG